AUGACAACGAUGUGUGCAUUGGUGCAUUGGACAACCACUGAAGCGGCUAUGAUUGAGUUCAACGUUGCUAUGGAGGCAAAAACAGUCACUCAGAAAGUUUUCCUCCUGAAGAAAGCCUUGGGGUCAACGUUUUUGGAUCCAAAUCUUCAAAUGGAAAGAGAACAAGUGAGGAAGUAUUUGGAUUUGGUCGAAAGACAAACACAAAUCGAGGCCGCUGACUCACAAGACAAGUCGAAGUUGUUCACCGAUUACCCGAAAAACGCGUCUCUGAUUGGACAACCGGCAAUCCACACUUUGUAUUACUCUUGUCUGUAUCAUCACGAUGAUCCAACCACUUCACAGGCAUCACCGCAAGCAAUCAAAGAUCUUUGUCAUUUGAAUGAUAAACAAUUGACAUGGAUGUCGAUUCAAACGCUAGUGAAACAAAAUCGAUGGCUUGACAUUGAAAAGGCGCUGUGCCCCCGCAGUUUGCUUCCAAAUCUUGGCAAAACAAGCGGGUAUUUAAAGGCGAAUGUUGUGCCGAUGAUUCAUCUCUUGAGGCUUCUACAUCUUGACAAUGCUCAACCGCCAAAAGAUCUCGUUUGUCGUUUGUGCGAACUCUUCCCAAUG